GGACGUGCAGCGGUUCAAAGAGGAAGGAAGAUGGCGGACAACAAAGACGAGGAGGAUAUGAAACCGUCUACUAAUCCGGACUCAGUGCCUUCAGCACAAGAUAACGAACAACCAGAGACUAAAGUGGAAAAUGCUUUAAUGGUCGUAGAAGCGAAUACAAAGGGUGGCGAAGAAACAGACUCACAUGAGAACACUAACGAGGCACCGACACCCACCACCGACGGAGGGGACGUUAGCAGCGGCGGAGCUGCUACCGCGGGAGGGGAAGCCAACGGUAGCGCUAGCAACGCCGUCAGCCCGGCUGGGACUAGCACUUCCAAUGCAGAGCCACCGACAGCUGAAACCCUGACCGCUGGGGAUGCUCCUGUUGGCGGACUCACUACUGAAAUGUCUCCCCCUCCUUCGGCUCCAGCGGCCACGCCGGUAUCCACUCCCAUUAAUUUGCUGGAUACGUGCGCAGUGUGUAAACAAAGUCUUCAGAGCCGAGACUGUGAACCAAAACUUCUGCCUUGUCUGCACUCUUUUUGCCUGAAAUGUAUCCCGCAACCGGAUAGACAAAUAAGCGUACAGGUCCCUGGGCCACACGGGCAAACUGACACACACAUAGUAAAUGUUAUGCGCUGUUCAGUGUGCCACCAGGACUACAAACAGAGCGACAUCAUUGACAACUACUUUGUCAAAGAUACCACAGAGGCCACCAGCACGUCUGAUGAAAAGUCUGCACAGGUGUGCACAAGUUGUGAGGACAACGCGGGAACCAUAGGCUUUUGUGUGGAGUGUGGGGAAUGGCUGUGUAAGACCUGCGUGGAGGCCCACCAGAGGGUCAAAAUCACCAAGGACCACAAGAUUCGCACAAAGGAGGACGCCGACGCCGACGCCGCCUCCGAGUCUGUUGGUGCGUCUGGACAGAGGCCUGUUUUCUGUCCCAUCCACAAGCAGGAGCCACUGAAGCUUUACUGUGAGACCUGUGACACGUUGACUUGCAGGGACUGUCAGCUGCUGGAGCACAAGGAACACAGGUACCAGUUCCUGGAGGAGGCUUUCCAGAACCAGAAAGGCAUCAUUGAGACCAGCAUGGCCAAGCUACAGGAAAAGAAAAACUACGUCCAUUACUCUGUCUCUCAGGUGCAAAGCAGGUUAAAAGAGCUGAAUGAAACACACAGGAAGGUGGAGCACGAAAUCAAAAUUGCAGUAUUUACUCUCAUAAAUGAGAUCAACAAGAAGGGCAAGUCCCUGUUGCAGCAGCUGGAGAGUGUGACCAAAGAGCGCAGUAUGAGGCUUGUGGCUCAGCAUAAGGACCACCAGCUGGCCCAGCAGAUCCACCAUGUGCUCAACUUCUGCCACUGGGCCAUCACUACUGGCAGCAGCACAGCGCUGCUCUACAGCAAGAGGCUGAUCCUGUUCCAGCUUCGCCAGCUCUUCAAGGCUAGACUGGAGCCAGCGCCCCAGGCCAACGGAGUGGUGCGCUUCUUCUGUGACCCCACCUUCUGGGCCAAAAAUGUGGUGAAUCUAGGUAAUUUGGUAAUUGAGAAACCACCUCCAGCUGCACAGCCGCCCAAUGUGAUGGUGGGAGGACCGCCUAUUUCACCGGGCCAGGGUCAUCCCGGCAAACACCCAGGACAGAUCAACCUGGCCCAGCUCCGACUGCAGCACAUGCAGCAGGCAGCCUACGCACAGCAGAAGCAGCAGCAGCAGCACCAGCAGCAGCACCAGCAGCAGAUCCAGCAACAGAUGCGCAUCGCCUCCCAAAUGUCCCAGCAGCACGCCAGGCAGGCCGGCCCACCUCUGGUUCAGCAGCAGCCUCCCAGGCUCAUCAGUAUGCAGCAGCUACCAAGAGGGCCUGGGGGUAUGAACGGUGGGCCAGGUCCGCCAAUGUACCCCUCCUCCCACCACAUGCGUCUACCGGGUCCACCUCAAGGCCGAAUAGCCACGGCCCAGCCGAGACUUAACGGACAGCAGUAUCCCCCCAUGAUGCAGCCUCAGCUACAGAGACAGAUGUCUAUAGAAUCUGAGAUGAGCCACCAAAGGUUUCGUUUCUUACUACAAUCAGGGCAUUCCAACCCGGGGCACGCAGGCCCUUUCCCAGUGGCGUCCCUCCACAACGCCAACCCCACGAGUCCCACCAGUGCCAGUAUGGCCGGUGCUCACGCUCACCGCGGCCCCGCCAGCCCCAUCAUAGGUCCCAUCGAGCUCAUCCCCUCCGUUACCAAUCCUGAGAACCUGCCCUGCCUACCUGAGAUCCCGCCCAUUCAGCUGGAGGACGCAGGUUCCAGCAACCUCGGACACCUCCUGUCUCGCUACAUCACAGCCAGCACGCAGCAUCAGCUCGGCUCAGUAGACAUGAACCCGUCACCUGGACUGUCCACACACUCUCCUGGAUCGUCAGGUCUGUCCAACGCCCACACGCCAGCGCGGCCUUCCAGCACGUCCAGCACGGGCAGCAGAGGCAGCUGCAGCUCUGCGGGGAGGGCGGGGCCAGGAAGUGGAGCUGCGGUGGAGCAGGUGAGGGUGAAGCAGGAGCCGGGUACGGAGGAUAGCUACAGCUGUCCAGCUUCUUCUCUGAAGACGGAGCGCGACAAAGACGCCGGGAGGAGUGCCUGCAUGAUGAGCAGUCCUGAGAACAGCCCCCUCCCUACAUUAGGGGUCGUAGGCCAAGAUGCACUCAAGGCCCUGGGGGAGCGCAUUAAAACAGAACCACAGUCUGAGACGCCUUGUUCUGGACUAAAUGGCUCCAGUGCAGCCAUGUCAUCUUCUUCUGCUACCACAAUGACCUCCACUACCUCGUCGUCCACCGAGAGCAGCGGCGGCACGACGGGCCCUCCGCUCACUAAUGGAAGCUUAGAGAAAGGGACAGAGGCCAAACAGAGCGCGCCACCUGCUGGAACAGGAAACCCUGGCGGGAAAGAGGAUGACCCCAACGAGGACUGGUGCGCUGUGUGUAUCAACGGUGGUGACCUGCUGUGCUGCGACCGCUGUCCCAAAGUGUUUCACAUGAAAUGCCAUGUGCCCACCAUAAAAAUCUUCCCUAAGGGAGACUUCCUCUGCACUUUUUGCCGCAGUCUAUCAAGCCCAGAGAUAGAAUACUGUGACGACGGCAGGAAAACUAAAGGAGAGCAGAACAUGAACCCAGAGGACCAAAGGAGAUGUGAACGCCUCCUGCUGUACAUCUUCUGUCACGAGCUCAGUGUGGGCUUUAGGGAAGCGGUUCCUAGCUCUGUGCCCAAUUACUACAAGAUUAUCAAGCAGCCAAUGGACCUGAAGAAGGUGAAGAAGAAGCUGCAGUUACGGAGCUCCCAGUAUUACCAGUCCACCCAGGAGUUUGUGUCCGACAUUCGCCUGGUCUUCAAAAACUGUGCAAAGUACAAUGAGAUGUCUCGAAUAAUCCAGGUUUAUGAUGAGGAGAAACAGAUUAAUACACAGGUGGGAUCAGAGAUGGCGAUAUCUGGGAAGGCGGUGGGUCUGUACUUUGAGGAGAAGCUGCUGGAGAUGUUUCCCGGGCAGAGCUUCCCAGAAACGCCUGAAACCGAAGCCACGGAGGAAAAGGAGAAGGCGGAGGACGACACGGAGGACUCGGAGGAGGACUUCAUACAGCCCCGACGCAAACGGUUAAAAACAGAUGAGAAAUUGGUCCACAUCAAGUGAGACCCGACCACACGAGAAACGAGAGGUUAAAAAAACUGUCUUCCUCGCGUCCCCCCACUUCUCCUUUGUUUGAGGCAGCAAACAAAAAAAAAAAGGACAAGAUUCGCUGUACAAUCUGCUUGGUUUAUCUGAUCCUUGCCUUUGAAUGAGUCACUGUCAACUCCAUAAGAAGUCUGCCUUGAUCUGAACUCUUUACAGACAGAAACAUGGAAGAGCUGCUUCCCCUCCUUAUUUCAUGGACACUCAGCUCGCCUGUACAGACUUUGAAGUAGGACUUGUUUUGCAGUAGUUAAGUUAAAGGUUGGUCCUUUCUUUUCUAUCCAUUUUCAUUUGUAGAUUUGUUGUGAUAAUUGCUUUAUAAAACAUUUAAAUCCCGUGUUCUGUUUAAUGUAUUAUAUCUAUACUUUGACAUGAUGAAACCUACCAAGUAUUUGUAUGACUUUGUGGAAGCGUUAUGUAAAUAAGAGAAUCUAGCCCACUGAAGGUAUUCCUACAGUAUAGAUGUUUGGGUGCGUCAUCAAUAAAACAUGUUCUUGAAAUAUAUCAAAGAAA